AGAUCUGCAGAAUAAACGUCACUCCCUUUUCAUAUAAAAAGCAACAGAAUUCCACGUAACACAUUGAGGAGGGAGAGGAGGAGGAGUGCAGCACAUCACAGCUAAAAUGGCUUACAUGAUGGCUCGGCUAAUUCUAGCAACCAUGCUAGUGUCUUUAAACUCAGCAAAACCAGUACGGUUCUUUCCUGAAGACGCAGGAGACCACAGUGAAGGUCCAUCACAAGGUCUGCAGAGUGAAACAGACAGAAGAAAACAGCAGGACACUGAGCUCCCAUUUUACUGUGACAGUGAAAGUGUGAUUAUUGGUGUUUCUCCAACUCAAUACACUAGUGUGUACCUGCUGAGAGAUGACAACACUAAGAUUCCUAUCAGUCAGCUGUUGGAGUGCAGUCACGUCGAGCUGCUGUCUGCGUCGCUGAUCAGAAUCUUCUACAAUGGCUGCCCCUUCCUCAACAGGAAACAGUACACAGUGAAACUGAGCUACACCAACCUGAAUACGGACACCAUACAAACCCAAACCUGUCCAUCAUCUACAUCUGGACCAAUUCUCCCCCCUGCUGUUAAGUGUGAAAGUGACAACAUGACUGUAACGCUAGCUGCUAAGGAGCUACAAGUGGCGAGAUCUAUGGACCUGGAUUCUUCUUCUUUCCGAGAGAAGGUCAUGAAAAAGGGAAAUGGUUUAACACAAUGGACAGAUGGAAAUAAACUUGUUGUACAAGUGGAGAAGCACAUGAUGGAGGAUCAGGCUGUGCUUUUGCUUCAGUAUAUUGAUAUGAUGGACAAACUGUACAUGGCAAAGGUUUUCUGCACCCAAAAUCAUCCUAAACACCUGACUAAAAGAGGGAUUCAAACAAAUGAUUUGGGAAAACAGCCCCCUGAAAGUAACAAGGAUUUUCCAAAACUAUUGUCAAAUCAAACUGUCCCAUGUGUUGGUGAAAUACAUACAACAACUGAAAUACCAAUCACUUCAGCAGCCACCACUGUUAUAACAACUGAAAAUAGUACUCCAGAGGUUACACCGACUGACUCAUCUGAAGAAGAUUUAAUAAUCACUAUAUUAUAUGAAACAUCUAAUGCUGCUUCUUCUACUUCUGUAUAUGAUACAUCAGGAGUUAUAACUACUACAUCAUUUGAAGAAGCAUCAACGACUUCACCAUCAACAUACUCUGAUGCAGAGACAACUCAUGAAAAUACAACUCCGAUGUUUAUGCCUAUUGCAUCUUCUGCAGUAGCUUCAACAACCACUGCAUCAUCAUCAUCAGUGCCUACUGCUGCUUCUGUUCCUGGAAUUACAACUCAAAUGGGUAUAACUACUACAUCAGUGGCAGGAGCUUCAACAACCACCACAUCAUCAGCAAAAUCUAGUGAUGCUUCAACUGCUGAAAAUACUACUCCAAUGGGUACAAUUACUACAUCUUCUGCAGGAGAUUCAACAGACACUAUAUCAUCAAAAUCGUUUAGUGCUGAACCAGUGGCACGAGCUUCAGCAACCACUGCAUCAUCGACAUGGUCUACUGCUGCUUCUGCUCCUGCAAGUACAACCCAAAUGGGUAUAACUACUACAUCAGUGGCAGGAGCUUCAGCAUCUGCUGAAUCUUUGACAUUGUCUACUGCUGCUUCUGCUCCUGCAAGUACUACCCAAAUGGGUGUACCUACAACAUCAGUGGCAGAAGCUUCAGCAUCUGCUGAAUCUUUGACAUUGUCUACUGCUGCUUCUGCUCCUGCAAGUACUACCCAAAUGGGUGUACCUACUACAUCAGUGGCAGGAGCUUCAGCAACCACUGCAUCAUCAGCAACAUCUAGUGCUGCUUCAACUCCUGGAAAUACUACUACAUCUGAAUCUUCUACAGGUACUACAAUCAUCAUCAUUGACAAUUCAACACUCAUCAUCAUUAUAAAUGCAACAUCAGUAAACUCUACCACUCCUUCUACUCCUGGAAAUACUACUGCAGUUGUUCAAACUUCUACAUCGAUGGCAGGAGUUUCAGGGAGCACAUUGUCAUCAGCAUCAUCUAAUGCUACUACUGCUGGAAAUACUACUCCAAUGGGUACAAUUACUGCAUCUUCUGCAGGAGCUUCAACAGGCACUAUAUCAUCAGCAAUGUCUACUGCUGCUUCUGUCCCUGCAACUACAUCUCAAAUGGGUAUAACUGCUUCUUCAUUGGCAGGAAUUUCAUCAACCACAACAUCAUCAGCAACAUCUAGUGCUACUUCUUCUGUAAAUAUUACUCUAGUCAUUCAAACUACUACAUCAAUGGCAGGAGUUUCAGGGAGCACAUUACCAUCAGCAUUAUCUAAUGCUACUACUGCUGGAAAUACUACAAUAGGGGGUACAAUUACUCCAUCUUCUGCAGGAGCUUCAACAGGCACUAUAUCAUCAGCAAUGUCUACUGCUCCCUCUGUCUCUGCAAGUACGACUCAAAUAGGUAUAACUACUACAUCAGUGGCAGGAGCUUCAGUAACAACUGCAUCAUCGACAUUGUCUACUGCUGCUUCUGCUCCUGCAAAUAUGACUCAAAUGGGUAUACCUACUACAUCAGUGGCAGAAGCUUCAGCAACCACUGCAUCAUCGACAUUGUCUACUGCUGCUUCUGCUGCUGCAAAUAUGACUCAAAUGGGUAUAACUACUACAUCAGUGGCAGGAGCUUCAGCAACCACUGCAUCAUCGACAUUGUCUACUGCUGCUUCUGCUCCUGCAAAUAUGACUCAAAUGGGUAUAACUACUACAUCAGUGGCAGGAGCUUCAGCAACCAAUGCAUCAUCGACAUUGUCUACUGCUGCUUCUGCUCCUGCAAAUAUGACUCAAAUGGGUAUAACUACUACAUCAGUGGCAGGAAUUUCAUCAACCACAACAUCAUCAGCAACAUCUAGUGCUACUUCUUCUCUUGAAAAUAUUACUACAGUUGUUCAAACUACUACAUCAAUGGCAGGAGUUUCAGGGAGCACAUUACCAUCAGCAUCAUCUAAUGCUACUGCUGCUGGAAAUACUACGACAGGGGUUACAAUUACAGCAUCUUCUGCAGGAGCUUCAACAGGCACUAUAUCAUCAGCAAUGGCUACUGUUGCCUCUGUCCCUGCAAGUACGACUCAAAUGGGUAUAUCUACUACAUCAGUGGCAGGAGCUUCAGCAACCACUGCAUCAUCGACAUUGUCUACUGCUGCUUCUGCUCCUGCAAAUAUGACUCAAAUGGGUAUAACUACUACAUCAGUGGCAGGAGCUUCAGCAUCUGCUGAAUCUUUGACAUUGUCUACUGCUGCUUCUGGUCCUGCAAAUAUGACUCAAAUGGGUAUAACUACUACAUCAGUGGCAGGAGCUUCAGCAACCAAUGCAUCAUCGACAUUGUCUACUGCUGCUUCUGGUCCUGCAAAUAUGACUCAAAUGGGUAUAACUACUACAUCAGUGGCUGGAGCUUCAGCAUCUGCUGAAUCUUUGACAUUGUCUACUGCUGCUUCUGCUCCUGCAAAUAUGACUCAGAUGGGUAUAACUACUACAUCAGUGGCAGGAGCUUCAGCAACCAAUGCAUCAUCGACAUUGUCUACUGCUGCUUCUGCUCCUGCAAAUAUGACUCAAAUGGGUAUAAUUACUACAUCAGUGGCAGGAGCUUCAGCAACCAAUGCAUCAUCAACAUUGUCUACUGCUGCUUCUGGUCCUGCAAAUAUGACUCAAAUGGGUAUAACUACUACAUCAGUGGCUGGAGCUUCAGCAUCUGCUGAAUCUUUGACAUUGUCUACUGCUGCUUCUGCUCCUGCAAAUAUGACUCAAAUAGGUAUAACUACUACAUCAGUGGCAGGAGCUUCAGCAACCACUGCAUCAUCGACAUUGUCUACUGCUGCUUCUGGUCCUGCAAAUAUGACUCAAAUGGGUAUAACUACUACAUCAGUGGCAGGAGCUUCAGCAUCUGCUGAAUCUUUGACAUUGUCUACUGCUGCUUCUGGUCCUGCAAAUAUGACUCAAAUGGGUAUAACUACUACAUCAGUGGCAGGAGCUUCAGCAACCACUGCAUCAUCGACAUUGUCUACUGCUGCUUCUGCUCCUGCAAAUAUGACUCAAAUGGGUAUAACUACUACAUCAAUGGCAGGAACUUCAGCAACCAAUGCAUCAUCGACAUUGUCUACUGCUGCUUCUGCUCCUGCAAAUAUGACUCAAAUAGGUAUAACUACUACAUCAGUGGCAGGAGCUUCAGCAACCACUGCAUCAUUGAUAUUGUCUACUGCUGCUUCUGGUCCUGCAAAUAUGACUCAAAUGGGUAUAACUACUACAUCAGUGGCAGGAGCUUCAGCAUCUGCUGAAUCUUUGACAUUGUCAACUGCUGCUUCUGGUCCUGCAAAUAUGACUCAAAUGGGUAUAACUACUACAUCAGUGGCAGGAGCUUCAGCAACCAAUGCAUCAUCGACAUUGUCUACUGCUGCUUCUGCUCUUGCAAAUAUGACUCAAAUGGGUAUAACUACUACAUCAGUGGCAGGAGCUUCAGCAACCAAUGCAUCAUCGACAUUGUCUACUGCUGCUUCUGCUCCUGCAAAUAUGACUCAAAUGGGUAUAACUACUACAUCAGUGGCAGGAGCUUCAGCAACCAAUGCAUCAUCAACAUUGUCUACUGCUGCUUCUGGUCCUGCAAAUAUGACUCAAAUGGGUAUAACUACUACAUCAGUGGCUGGAGCUUCAGCAUCUUCUGAAUCUUUGACAUUGUCUACUGCUGCUUCUGCUCCUGCAAAUAUGACUCAAAUAGGUAUAACUACUACAUCAGUGGCAGGAGCUUCAGCAACCACUGCAUCAUCGACAUUGUCUACUGCUGCUUCUGGUCCUGCAAAUAUGACUCAAAUGGGUAUAACUACUACAUCAGUGGCAGGAGCUUCAGCAUCUGCUGAAUCUUUGACAUUGUCUACUGCUGCUUCUGGUCCUGCAAAUAUGACUCAAAUGGGUAUAACUACUACAUCAGUGGCAGGAGCUUCAGCAACCAAUGCAUCAUCGACAUUGUCUACUGCUGCUUCUGCUCCUGCAAAUAUGACUCAAAUGGGUAUAACUACUACAUCAGUGGCAGGAGCUUCAGCAACCACUGCAUCAUCGACAUUGUCUACUGCUGCUUCUGCUCCUGCAAAUAUGACUCAAAUGGGUAUAACUACUACAUCAGUGGCAGGAGCUUCAGCAACCACUGCAUCAUCGACAUUGUCUACUGCUGCUUCUGCUCCUGCAAAUAUGACUCAAAUGGGUAUAACUACUACAUCAGUGGCAGGAGCUUCAGCAACCACUGCAUCAUCGACAUUGUCUACUGCUGCUUCUGCUCCUGCAAAUAUGACUCAAAUGGGUAUAACUACUACAUCAGUGGCAGGAGCUUCAGCAACCAAUGCAUCAUCGACAUUGUCUACUGCUGCUUCUGCUCCUGCAAAUAUGACUCAAAUGGGUAUAACUACUACAUCAGUGGCAGGAGCUUCAGCAACCACUGCAUCAUCGACAUUGUCUACUGCUGCUUCUGCUCCUGCAAAUAUGACUCAAAUGGGUAUAACUACUACAUCAGUGGCUGGAGCUUCAGCAUCUGCUGAAUCUUUGACAUUGUCUACUGCUGCUUCUGGUCCUGCAAAUAUGACUCAAAUGGGUAUAACUACUACAUCAGUGGCAGGAGCUUCAGCAACCACUGCAUCAUCGACAUUGUCUACUGCUGCUUCUGCUCCUGCAAAUAUGACUCAAAUGGGUAUAACUACUACAUCAGUGGCUGGAGCUUCAGCAUCUGCUGAAUCUUUGACAUUGUCUACUGCUGCUUCUGCUCCUGCAAAUAUGACUCAAAUGGGUAUAACUACUACAUCAGUGGCUGGAGCUUCAGCAUCUACUGAAUCUUUGACAUUGUCUACUGCUGCUUCUGGUCCUGCAAAUAUGACUCAAAUGGGUAUAACUACUACAUCAGUGGCAGGAGCUUCAGCAACCACUGCAUCAUCGACAUUGUCUACUGCUGCUUCUGCUCCUGCAAAUAUGACUCAAAUGGGUAUAACUACUACAUCAGUGGCAGGAGCUUCAGCAUCUGCUGAAUCUUUGACAUUGUCUACUGCUGCUUCUGGUCCUGCAAAUAUGACUCAAAUGGGUAUAAGUACUACAUCAGUGGCAGGAGCUUCAGCAACCAAUGCAUCAUCGACAUUGUCUACUGCUGCUUCUGCUCCUGCAAAUAUGACUCAAAUGGGUAUAACUACUACAUCAGUGGCAGGAGCUUCAGCAACCACUGCAUCAUCGACAUUGUCUACUGCUGCUUCUGCUCCUGCAAAUAUGACUCAAAUGGGUAUAACUACUACAUCAGUGGCAGGAGCUUCAGCAACCACUGCAUCAUCGACAUUGUCUACUGCUGCUUCUGCUCCUGCAAAUAUGACUCAAAUGGGUAUAACUACUACAUCAGUGGCAGGAAUUUCAUCAACCACAACAUCAUCAGCAACAUCUAGUGCUACUUCUUCUCUUGAAAAUAUUACUACAGUCGUUCAAACUACUACAUCAAUGGCAGGAGUUUCAGGGAGCACAUUACCAUCAGCAUCAUCUAAUGCUACUGCUGCUGGAAAUAUUACGACAGGGGUUACAAUUACAGCAUCUUCUACAGGAGCUUCAACAGGCACUAUAUCAUCAGCAAUGUCUACUGCUGCCUCUGUCCCUGCAAGUACGACUCAAAUGGGUAUAUCUACAUCAUCAGUGGCAGGAGCUUCAGCAACCACUGCAUCAUCGACAUUGUCUACUGCUGCUUCUGGUCCUGCAAAUAUGACUCAAAUGGGUAUAACUACUACAUCAGUGGCAGGAGCUUCAGCAACCACUGCAUCAUUGACAUUGUCUACUGCUGCUUCUGGUCCUGCAAAUAUGACUCAAAUGGGUAUAACUACUACAUCAGUGGCAGGAGCUUCAGCAUCUGCUGAAUCUUUGACAUUGUCUACUGCUGCUUCUGCUUCUGCAAAUAUGACUCAAAUGGGUAUACCUACUACAUCAGUGGCAGGAGCUUUAGCAACCACUGCAUCAUCAGCGACAUCUAGUACUGCUUCAAUUCCAGGAAAUACUACUACAUUGGGUACAUCUGAAUCUUCUGCAGGUAGUUCAACAAUCAUCAUCAUCAUUAACAAUACAACAUCAGUAAGCUCUACUCCUUCUACUCCUGGAAAUACUACUGCAGUUAUUCAAACUUCUACAUCAGUGGCAGGAGCUUCAGCAACCAAUGCAUCAUCGACAUUGUCUACUGCUGCUUCUGCAAGUAUGACUCAAAUGGGUAUAACUACUACAUCAGUGGCAGGAGCUUCGGCAACCAAUGCAUCAUCAGUAACAUCUAGUGCUGCUUUAACUCCUGGAAAUACUACUACAUUGGGUACAUCUGAAUCUUCUGCAGGUAGUUCAACAAUCAUCAUCAUCAUUAACAAUACAACAUCAGUAAGCUCUACUCCUUCUACUGCUGGAAAUACUACAGUUGUUCAAACUUCUACAUCAGUGGCAGGAGUUUCAGGGAGCACAUUGUCAUCAGCAUCAUCUAAUGCUACUACUGCUGGAAAUACUACUCCAUUGGGUACCAUUACUGCAUCUUCUGCAGGAGCUUCAACAGGCACUAUAUCAUCAGCAAUGUCUACUGCUGCUUCUGUCCCUGCAACUACAUCUCAAAUGGGUAUAACUGCUUCUUCAUUGGCAGGAGUUUCAGCAACCACUGCAUCAUCGACAUUGUCUACUGCUGCUUCUGCUCCUGCAAAUAUGACUCAAAUGGGUAUAACUACUACAUCAGUGGCAGGAGCUUCAGCAACCACUGCAUCAUCGACAUUGUCUACUGCUGCUUCUGGUCCUGCAAAUAUGACUCAAAUGGGUAUAACUACUACAUCAGUGGCAGGAGCUUCAGCAACCACUGCAUCAUCGACAUUGUCUACUGCUGCUUCUGGUCCUGCAAAUAUGACUCAAAUGGGUAUAACUACUACAUCAGUGGCAGGAGCUUCAGCAACCACUGCAUCAUCAGUAACAUCUAGUGCUGCUUCAACUCCAGGAAAUACUACUACAUUGGGUACAUCUGAAUCUUCUGCAGGUACUUCAACCAUCAUCAUCAUUAACAAUUCAACAAUCAUCAUUAUUAGGAAUGCAACAUCAGUAAGCUCUACCACUCCUUCUACUGCUGGAAAUACUACUGCAGUUGUUCAAACUUCUACAUCAGUGGCAGGAGUUUCAGGGAGCACAUUACCAUCAGCAUCAUCUAAUGCUACUUCUGCUGGAAAUACUACUCCAUUGGGUACAAUUACUGCAUCUUCUGCAGGAGCUUCAACAGGCACUGUGCCAUCAGCAAUGUCUACUGCUGCUUCUGCUCCUGCAACUACAUCUCAAAUGGGUAUAACUGCUUCUUCAUUGGCAGGAAUUUCAACCACAACAUCAUCAGCAACAUCUAGUGCUACUUCUUCUCCUGGAAAUAUUACUCAAGUCUUUCAAACUAUAUCAAUGGCAGGAGUUUCAGGGAGCACAUUACCAUCAGCAUCAUCUAAUGCUACUGCUGCUGGAAAUACUACAAUAGGGGGUACAAUUACUGCAUCUUCUGCAGGAGCUUCAAAUCUCACCACAUCAUCAACACCUACAACUUCUGUGCCAUCAUUAACCACUCAUGCUCCUUCUUUAUCUGCAAAUACUACUCCAAAUGCAGCUCAAUCAACUACAAAUGGCAUUCCAUCAGGAAUAGGUUGUAAUGGUCAAACAUCUACAGUUCAACCAAGCACAGAAAAUUUACAAUUUGCUAUUACUCUCCCAGACAGCUUUUGGGGAUUUGCAACAUUUCCAAAUGAUACUGACUGAGAGUACCACUUUAACCCUGAAACAAUAUUUGCAUGAAACAAUCCAGGAUACACAAUUAUAAACGCAGCAACCACUAGCCGAAGCUAAUAUACUACAUCGCUGCCUGUUUAUAAACCUAACACUUGUUUAACUCAAAAGUACUUCUUACCAGCAAAUAUAGUACAAAGAUGAAACUUUAAACUAUAACUUGUAACUGUUUAGUUUCACUACUUAAAGAAAAAUACAAACCCAAAUCAUUUUGCAGAUACUAGUGUUGAGAUAACAACAAUUCAAUCUACAUCAAACUUUAAGUGCAAAACUACAGCUGAAGCUAAAGCAAAACCGCCACAAUAAUUGCAACUGUAUUUAAGUUAAGUAUUAGCAGCUGUGCCUUUCCUCUUACUGAACUUAUAGAUGUUGUUUUUGUUUUUCUACUCUUGAUGAAACUGGCUUAUAUAUUUGCUUUUACUAUGAAAAUAAUCUGUCCAUAGUUAAUAGAAUAUAAAGUGCUAAUAUAGAAUAUA